UGCAGAGCUCUAUGGGUUCCCAAUACAAGGGCAAAGGGAUAGGUGCAGAGAUUCGGGCAUCUAGCCGCUACACCUGUCCCAGGAUGGCACCUGCAGCAGCACUGUGCACAGUGUCGCUGCUAAUCGGCAGUGCGAUGCCCACACCGCCGCCCACCUCAGAUUUAAAAAUGUAAUGCAUACGGGAGAGGAAGCCAGCAAGGAUAUAGCGGCAGAUUCCAACUAACCACAUAAUUGGAUUGGCUGAUAUGCUGGUGACUACUGGUGUUGUUUGCAAGAACCUGGAAAAAAAAAAAAAAAAAAAAAAAAGACGUGCAAUAUUUCUCAAAAUAUCUAUUUGUUCGACAGAUUUGCUUGUAAAAUACACGAGGUAGAGCCAUGCUGACCAGCAUCACAGAGGGGAUCCUGUGCUGUUUGACGGGGAAGUCUGCCAACACGGUGGCACCUCUUGAGAACUCAGAGCCGGGGGACGGGUUCGAGUUCGUGGAGGUGAAGCCGGGCCGGGUGCUACGGGUCCGACACAUCGUCCCGGACCGCGGGGGCUGUGAGAUCUCGGGGGAGGAGGAGCAGAGGCCUGGCCGAGGGGUCGUGCACUGCAAGCGGAAGAUCACAGUCUACCGCAACGGACAGCUGGUCAUCGAGAACCUGGGGGACGUGGUGCGCUCGGAGAUCCUGCACUGCCAGAACGGCAACACGGAGCCCAGCAGCACGGUGGAGCUCUCCGAUUACAACAGCUCCGCUACCGAACCCAAGCCCUCGCACGGCGCCGAAGCCCAGCCUCCACCCGCCGGGGAGCGGCGGCGCAAACGCAGGCCCAAGCGCACCGUGGUGAUCGACUGCGACAGGAAGAUCUCCAGCUGCAAGGGCACCCACUCGGACGUGGCCCUCUUCUUCAUCCACGGCGUGGGCGGCUCGCUGGACAUCUGGGGCAGCCAGCUGGACUUCUUCUCCCGGCUGGGCUACAGGGUCAUCGCUCCCGACCUGGCCGGGCACGGAGCCAGCACCGCCCCCCUGAUCGCGGCCGCCUACACCUUCUACACCCUGGCCGAGGACAUGCGGGCCAUCUUCAAGCGAUACGCCCGGAAACGCAACAUCCUCAUCGGACACUCCUAUGGGGUGUCGUUCUGUACCUUCCUUGCCCACGAGUACCCAGAUCAGGUCCACAAGGUGGUGAUGGUGAAUGGCGGCGGUCCGACGGCUCUGGAGCCCAGCCUCUGCUCCAUCUUCAACCUCCCCACCUGUGUGCUGCACUGCCUCACCCCCUGCCUGGCCUGGAGCUUCCUCAAGGCGGGGUUCGCGCGUCAAGGUGCCAAAGAGAAGCAGCUGCUGAAGGAGGGCAACGCCUUCAACGUGUCGUCCUUCGUGCUGCGGGCCAUGAUGAGCGGUCAGUACUGGCCAGAGGGGGACGAGGUGUACCAUGCAGAACUGACCGUGCCCAUCCUGCUCGUGCAUGGCAUGCAUGACAAGUUUGUGCCCAUUGAGGAGGACCAGCGCAUGGCAGAGAUCCUGCUGAUAGCCUUCCUGAAGGUGAUUGACGAGGGCAGCCACAUGGUGAUGAUGGAGUGCCCUGAGACAGUGAACACCCUCCUGCAUGAGUUCUUCCUGUGGGAGCCUGACCUGCCCAGCGAGGUCCCUGCCGCCCAGGACUCCCCGCCCUCGCAGGACAACAAGUAGAACAACCAGGACCUUUCCAACCCCAACCAAACCAAGGGCUUGAUCGCCAGCUGGCUGCGGACGUGCCUGUCCGCGGGCUGAGAGCUGUUUUUAGCGCUGACGGGGCUGUGAGCUCCCGGGUGGAGCCAGGCCCAGCGUCUCGGACUCUGCGAGAGAGAAGCAGGGAAGGAAGAGAAUCAAAGGCAGAUAAAACGAAAAGCAAAAGAAAAAAGGUGGUUUAUUUAUUCACCGUAAUCAUUUAUAAUAAGAACACGGGAUUCCGGAAUAGUCAGAACACUCUGGAACCAAGGGUUUCGAGUGUUCUGACCGCGCCCCUAACUUGCUAAUACAAUUGUAUAACCCUGUUUAUUUCAGGACGACACUUUACCCAGUAACAUCCUGCUGUGGCUUUGGAUGAAUUGUGUCUGGGUAGGUUCUGAGCAGCUGUUGUGGGAGGUGAUGGCUAGACUGGAGUUGUGGUAGUGAGUAAUGAUGUGAGGUGCUAUUGUAAUAAUAAUAAAAUGUGAACUGUUAAAAAGGCUGACACCCUCAGUAAAUAGUAUAUAGGGAACACUGAUCCAGCGUACAGGUUUGGGGAAAGGGGUACCUUGUUCACCCCCUUCAUCCUACAAAGGAGUCCCAAGUCAGGCAGCCAUGCAAGGACUUACCCUGAUAUGGACAUGAGCAAACAUGUCACAGCAGUCAUCUCAAUGGAAUAUUAUAAUGGAUUUAUUAGUGUGUGUAGCUGUAUUAUACUGUACAGCAAACCAAGGCCAGCUAAUUAAUGCGCUUGGCAGACACUGGAUUCUAAGGAGAGAGGCUCUGCCAGUCCGAAAGAGGUCUCAGGAAUGCUGAGGAAACCCAAACAGGUCCUCAGCAGUAAUCCUUGUGGAACUCAAGGAUUCGGAAGAUGUCCGACAAUAACCCAGCACGGGAUAAAUAAAACCAAUCCAGCCACAAUCCUCUUGAUCUGAUCCAUAAAUAGUAAAAAAAUUAAUAAAUAAGCCACGAUAGGUCGGCAAGCCUUGGCGUGACAGGAAGACACAGGAAGUUUGGUCCCUUCCGUUUUUACAGGCGCUAUUCCGAAAAACCAGAACGAGAUUGCGAGUGUCGGCUCUGAAUUAUUUAUUAAAAUCCGCAUCGGUGUUGUUUGUGCCGGGUUUGUGAUUCAAAUUCUUUGUUUUAUAUUAAAAAAAUAAUAAUAACGUAAAACAUAAAUAAGAAAAAACUGUCAGCCUAUAUACUGGAAGGGCCGCUGUGCUGAGCAGUGUCAGUGUAUUGUAUAUAGCUUUGCUUUUCCCUGCAGAUAUGCAAUGUCUCUCUCCUCCAAUGCAAUACUGAUAGACAGAGGGACGAGCAUUGCUUUGGAAGCCCUGAAUGGGUAUAUUACUAAUGUGACAGUACUUGUCUGUGGCAGACUGGCAGUGAAUGUGGUUGGUAGUUCAGUGUACAGUGGUGUCCAUGAAUCACCUUACAUUUAAUAUUUAUUUUUAACCAAAAAUGUUUCAUCACUGAUGAAUACGAAGCAAGCCUAUGACACCUUCACGCCAAGAUAAAAUCUGUAAGAUUUGCUGAACAAUCCUGUGAAAGCUGUACAAGGUGAUAUAUGCAUAGCUAACACUGUACAGCUUGUAAUAUUGGAAGGGUUGGGAUCAGUGCAUGCUUUUUUAUUUGCUGUCGCUUCCAGCUGCAAAGCAAUAAUGGAUGAACGAUCCAGCAUUGAUCCAACAAAUGUGGGAAGUUCCCCCAAAUUUGAACAUCAACUGUACAUACUUGUAAUGUCUUUCUAUAGCGUUGAUUCAGGAGCCCUACCUUACCUAGUGCUCCUUCUUUUUAUUGUGUGUCUCAAAGAGAAAUUGCAAUUUUAGUGAAGGAGAAAUCAGGAGUUGCAUAUUGCAUGGUUUACCACCGUAAAUUCGAAACUGUAUUUAGUACUUUCUCCAUUAAAAUGAUACAUCCUCACAUUAAGACAUUUAGGGUUUAUCGUACCAACCUGGAUUAAACUAGGAUUAGUUAGUCUGGGAUUAUGUUUUAAUCUUAGAUUAAGAAAUAUUUAACCUAUAUUUAAGGUUUUGUGCAUUAGGAUUAGACUAUAAUCCUUGAUUUAAUCUGGGUUAGUGCUUAAUCCACGUUGGUGCAGAUCGGCCCUUUAUAGAGAUUUGAUCAUUUUUAAUUCAAAACAUUCCACGAUCAGACAUCGAAUCUGUACGUACCUACCUAGUUUUUGGUGAUGUCUUUUAAAAUGCUAAAUUAGUGCUUCUGCUGACAACUGCAACUAAUCUUUUGGGCUAUGUUCGAUUGAACUCUGAUUCCCUGUCCUCUUGCUAAAGAGAACACUGCAAUCACUCCCUGGAGACAACUGACGAGUGAGUGAAACUGGGUCCCAGUGGGAACCCAGCCGUGGUGGUCUAGCCCUGUAACAUGCAUUUGGUUUCUGCUUUAUUUGUGCAAAAUGUCAGUAAUCCACUGUGGUGCCCCUGUGUGGUGGAAACAUGUAAAUGUCUGUAGCAAUUACUCAGAAAUAAUACUUAAUUCAUUCUAAAUACUUAAAAUCUCAACAACUUGUGCAAUGUGGAUUAGUGCCAUUUCCAGCAGUAAAAUAAAGUAUAUAUUCUC